AUGGAGCCUGGAGUCCUUUUGAUCCAUGCGCCGACAUUCCAAAGAGAAUACGAGCAAUGCUGGGAACAGCCGCAAACUGUGGGCUCCACAUGGCUGGGCCUUCUAUUCACUAUUAUGUGCUUGGCGAUUCAUCUUCACCACCGCUCAGAGGACAAACCGUCGGAUUCAAUCCGGCAUAUCCAUCAAACCAGCGACACAUUCCGGGUUCAAGCCGCUCGCUGUUUGGUUGAUGCGAAAUACACGACCCCCUCCAAAUAUACCAUUGAAACUCUGAUGCUGUACACGUACGCAGAAUAUUUCGAAAGCCAGGACCCCCAGCAUGAAAUUUGGAUCUUGUUGGGCAUCAUUAUGCGACUUGCUAUGCGGAUGGGCCUACAUCGAGAUCCAGCCCGAUACCCGAAAUUGUCAUGCUUCCAAGGAGAAAUGAGACGACGAGUCUGGACGUUUUUGGCCCAACUGGAUACGCUUUUUUCGUUUCAGAUGGGACUCCCGCGAAUGCUGAAGAAUGAGCUCACAGACACAGAGUUUCCUUGCAAUUUGCUAGAUGAGGACUUUGACGAUGGUUCUACAACACUACCGCCACCCCGACCGGAGACUGAGUCCACACUGGUAUCAUACCUCGUCGCUAAGAGCCGCAUUGUGGCUGUCUUUGGCAUCAUCACGGACCAUGUCGCGUCUACACAACCGAACUCAUAUGAGUCCGUUCUCCAACUUGAUAGACAACUCUGCGACGCUUGUGCAUCUAUUCCCCAGCAUCUCCGGUUCCGCGGCAUAUCCCAGUCGAUAAUCGAGAUGCCUCAUAUCAUCAUGCGACGGUAUCAGCUGGAAAUUGUCUCCCAAAAGGCCCGCUGUGUUUUACAUCGCAAGUACCUGACGGAAGAUAUUGCGAAGCCGCUGCAUCCCAAUUCUCGGGCUAUUUGCAUUGAUGCAGCGGUGAAGCUGUUGAAGUACCAAGCGGACAUUGAUACUCAGACUCAACCUGGAGGAGUGCUGGGCCAGAAUCGGUGGUUUGUCACGUCCCUCAACAGUCAUGACUUCAUUUUGGCUGCCGUAAUAGUUUGCCUCGAGCUUCACUUUUGUUCCAAGAACGUUCCCGAAGAUGAUUCUUUGAGUGGUUCCCGGCAGGAGAAUAUUUAUGUUCAGGAGCUUGUUCAUGCUCUCCAAAUCUCGCACAGCAUAUGGGAUGCUUCCAAAGACAAAUCCAGAGAAGCAAUGCAGGCCUUUAAAACUAUCACUGUUAUGUUAGAGAAAGCAAAUGUGCCAAGGACGCAGUAUACCAAUUAUCCGACAAAUGAUAUGGUAACAGGGAGUGCCGGAAUGACGAAGACCGCGGAGGGCGGAUGUGGCUUGAAUGGAAACUCAAAUGGAGAAGAAUACCAAGCCACCACUGCAGAUAUCGACGAGGAAGAGUUGCUCCCUGCAGAUAGAUCUCUUCCUGGGUGUGGCCCCGUUGGCAACAUACGCUCAUUGUCUAGUCUGGGGCUUCCUAGUGAAGAUAUUACGAUGCAAGAUAUCUGGGACUUCUCAGGCUCGUUUGACUGGAAUGCUUGGGAUGCAGCGAUACAAACACCAUUCACCUUAGAAACCCAUGAUUACACGUCUGGCUUCGAGAGCUUCCAUUUGAUAUGA